CCGAGGCGACGGCGGCGGCGGCGGCGGCGGCGGCGGCGUGGGGAUGGAGCCCCUGCGGGUCCUGGAGCUGUACAGCGGCAUUGGGGGUAUGCACCAGGCGCUGAGAGAAAGCUGUAUACCUGCACAAGUGGUGGCUGCCGUUGAUAUAAACACUGUCGCUAAUGAAGUAUACAAGUAUAAUUUUCCUCACACACAGUUACUGGCCAAGACAAUUGAAGGUAUUACACUAGAAGAGUUUGACAGAUUAUCUUUCAAUAUGAUUUUAAUGAGCCCUCCCUGUCAGCCAUUCACAAGAAUCGGCCUGCAAGGUGAUGUGACUGAUCCAAGGACAAAUAGCUUCUUACAUAUUCUAGACAUUCUCCCAAGGUUACAAAAAUUACCAAAGUAUAUUCUUUUAGAAAAUGUUAAAGGUUUUGAAGUAUCUUCUACAAGAGACCUGUUAAUACAAACAAUAGGAAAUUGUGGCUUUCAGUACCAAGAAUUUCUGUUGUCUCCAACCUCUCUUGGCAUUCCAAAUUCAAGGCUACGGUAUUUCCUUAUUGCAAAGCUUCAGUCAGUGCCGUUCCCUUUUCAAGCCCCUGGUCAGGUACUGAUGGAGUUCCCCCAAACUGAAUCUGAACAUCCACAAAAACAUGCGAUAGAUGCAGAAAAGGAAACUGAAGAAAAGAAAAUUGAAGAAAAGAAAAUUGAGCCAAAUAUUUGCUUUGAUAGCAGCACACAAUGUUCUGGAAAAGAAGCCAUUCUUUUUAAGCUUGAAACUGCAGGAGAAAUUGACAGGAAACGUCAACAGGACAGUGAUCUCUCUGUGCGAAUGCUAAGAGAUUUUCUUGAAGAUGACGUUGACAUAAAUUCAUACUUUUUACCGCCAAAGUCAUUGCUGCGAUAUGCUCUUUUGUUAGACAUUGUUAAGCCCACAUCCAGAAGGUCCACAUGCUUUACGAAAGGUUAUGGACGCUACAUAGAAGGGACAGGAUCUGUGUUGCAGACUACAGAGGAUGUGCAGAUUGAGAAUAUCUACAAAUCCCUUACCAAUUUGUCACAAGAAGAAAAGAUAACAAGAUUGUUAAUGCUUCAACUUCGAUUUUUCACUCCUAAAGAAAUAGCAAAUCUCCUUGGAUUUCCUCCAGAGUUCGGUUUCAGUGGAGAAAAGAAAAAGUGGAGAGGUGGUCUAGAAAGGAACUUUCCUAAUGGAAAGUAAGGGUGACUCAGGAGCACAGAUGCCAGAAUUGACACGAAAUUAGGGAAUCUGAAGAUGGACUCUCAAGAAAAAUGAAGAUACCACUGCCAAGGGAGAAAGACAAGUAAUGAGGAAAGCCAGGGAUUGUUGCUAUUAAGAGACUGGACACAGCGCCUUUGCUUCUUAGAGCACCCCGCCCCUCCCUGGUCCCUCUUCCUUGGCGCUGCUGCUCUUGCUGUGUGGAUGCCAUCGGUUUCCUGGGCUGCGGUGGGUGUGCUCCUAGUACCUGGCUCAUGGGAAGGGAGAGACACAGACCUCCCUCACAUGCUUCCAGGGCUGCACAAGGAGGAAAUGUGCUUUUGAUAACUGAUUGGGAACUUGAAUGCAGAAAAGCCAAACUUCGCUAAACCUAAUGUUGUUGUAAUAUUAAUACAGUCCUAAAACAUAGACCAUGUUUUAAAAUCUAAAUAAUGGAUUUACAGUUGAGGUUUGGAAAGCAUCUUUUUGUACAUUGGGAACAAACUGCCAACAGAAUUUGACUACCCUCUUGGUAAUUGAUUCUCCAAGCAUAGUCACAGCAACCAGGUUUAUUUUGUACUCUCUGCCUUUUUCUUGGUGAUCUCAUUCAGUCUGAAACAUCCCGGGGAGUGUGUUUUAAGAAAACAUAGACUUUCCGUGUCUUAGUUUAUGUCACAAAGUGAGUGAGAACAUCAGUGAAACAAAGAACUGAGAAUUGGACUCAGGAAUUUAAUUCCCAGUCUACUGUUGUGGUUACUUUUUUUUUUCCUUCAUAUUUUAGGAUGAGCAAUCAAAGGUAUUUUCUGUACUACUACAGAGAGAAAAGAGAUUUACUGUCGAACAGCAACUCAUUUCUAAGUUUUAUUUGAGUGCUUAUUUUUUCAAGCAGUAGCAAUCACUUUGGUAAUAGUGAAAUGUAGCACAGACCCCAGAGUCAGACUGACUGAGUGUGAAUCUUAGCCCUACUGAAGCCACUCUCUGCCGUAGUUUAUGCAUCUGUAAAAUGGGGAUAAUUAUAGCACCGACUUCAUAGAGCUGUUGUAACAGUUAAGUGAGUUAACGUAUGUCACAUGCUUACAACCUAUCUGACACAUAAUAUAAAAUUCGUGCUUUUAUAUUUUAAAUGGUAGAUGUUAUAGCCUUUACUUCAUAAAUAUUUUUUCUCAGUAUUUAAAAAUAUCUAAGGGGUAAAAUAGGAUUUUUCGAAGUUCUCUGAAAAUAUAUGUAUAAUACAUGGGAGAAAGCCUUUUUCAUUGCUUUACGUAUUUUAUUUUAUUUUUAUUUUUUUUCGGUACGCCGGCCUCUCACCAUUGUGGCCUCUCCCGUUGCGGAGCACGGGCUCCGGACGCGCAGGCUCACGGGCCCAGCCGCUCCGCGGCAUGUGGGAUCUUUCCGAACCGGGGCACGAACCCCUGUCCCCUGCAUGAGCAGGCGGACUCUCAACCACUGCGCCACCAGGGAAGCCCUACCUUAUUUUAAUAUGUGACAUAUGUGUAUAGUCAGUGCCCUGCUGUCACCACUGAGCAGCCCUGUGACAGAACUGUCCUGCACGUGUGCCUCUGACGUCACGGACCCUGGGUCCAAAAUGGGCGUUCUUUGAGUUGCUUGUCCACCGGCCAUGACGGAUUCGCAUUGACUCUCCCACACAUUUUGCCCUGGUUCUCUUUGUGGCCAGUGGCACGCAUUCAUGAGACAGCAGGCUUUGGAAGAGACAGACACUAACCGACACUUACUGAAUAAAAGCUGCUCUCUUGACCUUGUUAAUUCUAGGUUUCUUUGCUUUUGAGGAUUAUUAUUUUUAAUGUACCUAAGUUUUUAAAAAGUCACCUUUUAACUUUACAAAAUUAUGUAAUUCUUUCCACAAGUGAGUUUAGAUUUUAAUAUCUAUGUAUAAAAUACACACAUGCAUGUGUAUAUAUGUGUUUGUAUAUAUAUAUAAUUUUUACAAAUCUGACUUGUUUGUUUUCAGACAUCUCUUCCCCUCUGAUAUAAUCUUGGUAUCUCAAGGCAUCGUCCUAGGGGUAGUCUAAAAGUUUGUAGGUAUUUCUACCUCUGGCUACUUUGAAGUAAAUAAUUUGAGAUGACUAAUGUGCUUGCCUAAGACAUAUUAUCUUUAUAAUAGCAAUUUUAUGAUCAUGCUCAAUUGCAAAUAUCAUUUUAUUAUGGUAAUCACUGUUAUUUUAUUGCAGUAAGUAUAAUGUCUAGUGUUGAUGAAGCAACUUUAUCAGGUUUUGAAAUUUUGCUAUUUUUAAUGCUCUUUAAGUAUUUCCUUUAUUACCUGAUUUGCUUUUCCUAUAUUUAAUUGCUAUGCCAAAGGAUUCUGAAUGUGAAAUUCUGGAAUUGUAACUAAGAUUCUGGCAUCCACUCUUACGCAUGGACAGUCUUUUACUGUGGUAUGUGCAAGGUUUUGUUCCAGCAAAUGUAGUAUCUGUGGGCCCUUUUGUUUUGCAAAAGAAUGUAGCAAAUUGAACUUCAGUAUGAGAAUGUCAGUUUGUGGAAGCAGAAUGUAAAAAAGCAACUCUGAGGGACUUGUAUCCAGAAUAUAUAAAGAACUCUUAUGACUCAACAAUAAAAAGAAAAAUAAUCCAGUUUAAAAGUGGGCAAAGGAUUUCAAUAGACAUUUCUCCAAAGAAAAUAGAUAAAUGACCAAUAAGCACAUGAAAAGAUGUUAAACAUUAUUAGAUAUUAGGGAAAGGUAAAUCAAAACCACAGUAAGAUACCACUUCACAAAAAGACAGACAAUAACAGUGUUAACAAAUUGUGGAGAAAUCAGGUCCCUUGUACACUGUUGGUGGGAAGAUAAAAUGGUGCAGCUGCCUUAGAAAGCAUUCUGGCAGUUCCUCAAAUGUUAGACACAGAGUUACUAUAUGACCCCACAAUUUCACCCCUAGGUGUAUAUCCAAGAGAACUGAAAAAAGCUUAACACAUACAUAUAUAUGUACGUACAUGUUCAUAACAUCAAUGUUUAUAAUAAUCAAGAAGUAGGGAAAAAGCCCAGAUGUCUAUUAAUGAAUGAAUGAAUAAAAUGUGGUAUAUCCAUAAGAUAGAAUACUAUUCAGACAGAGAGAGGAAUGAACUAUUGGUGCAUGUUAUGAGCCAUUUUUUCCCUCGGAUCAGAUAAUUUUUACUGAUGUGCUUGAUGUUUGAGUUACACUAUAUUUUAUAGUCGUAUUAUACAACAUACAUAAUAUUGUUAAUACAUAAUGUUAUUAUAAGGACUAAGAUAUUAAACAUAGAAUACUUUGCUUUUAAAAAACAUUCCAGAAUCAACACGCAUGAACCUUGAAAGCACUACGCGAAAGCAGCCGGAGACAAAAGACAACAUAUUGUAUGGUUCCAUUUGUAUGAAGUGUUCAGAAUAGGCAAUCUCUAGAACGGAAAGUAGAUCAGUAGUUGAGGGGCAGGGAGGGGACAUGGAGAGUGACUGCUAAUGGGUGGCAGCAUUCUUUUUAAAAAAAAUUUGUAUUGAAGUAUAUAAUUAACAUAUAGCAUUGUAUUAGUUUCAGAUGUACAACAUUACAACAUAAUGAUUCAACAUUUGUAUACAUUGCAAAAUGAUCACCCACCAUAAUAAAUCUAGUUAAUAUCCAUUACCAUACAUCGUUACAAAAUUCUUUUUUCUUGUGAUGAGGACUGUUAAGACCUCUCCUAGCAAUUUUCAGAUAUGCAACACAGUAUUGCUAACUAUAGUCACCAUGCUCUACAUUAUAUAUCCCCAGGACUUAUUUAUUUUUAUAACUCGUAGUUUGUACCUUUUGACCCAUUUCACCCUUUUUUCCCCCACCCGUGCAACCACCAAUCUGUUUUCUGUAUCUAUGACCUUGGUUUUUUAAAUUUGUUUGUUUGCUUGCUUUGGUUUUUAGAUUCCACAUAUAAGUGAGAUCAUACAGUAUUUGUCUCUCUGACUUCGCUUGGUAUAAUGCCCUCAAGGUCCUUUUCAUUCUUUUUUAUGGCUGGGUAGUAUUCCAUGGUGUGUGUAUGUGUGUGUGCAUUUUCUUUUUUCAUUUACCCAUCGAUGGACACUUAGGUUGUUUCCAUAUCUUGUCUGUUGUAAAUGAUGCUGCAAUGAACAUGGGGGUGCACAUAUCUUUUCUACUUAGUAUUUUUGUUUUCAUUGGAUAAAUACCCAGGGUGGAAUUGGUGGAUUAUAUGAUUGUUCUAUUUUUAAUUUUUUGAGGAACCUCCAUACUGUUUUCCAUAAUGGCUGCACCAAUUUAAAUUCUCACCAUCAGUGCAUAAGAGUUCCCUUUUCUCCAUGUUCCUUCCAGCUCUUGUUAUUUCUUGUCUUUUGGAUAAUAGCCAUUAUAACAGAUGUGAAGUAAUAUCUCAUUGUGGUUUUUAUUUGCAUUUCCCUGAUGAUUAGUGAUGUUGAAUAUCUUUUCAUGUGCCUAUUGGCCCUCUGUAUGUCUUCUUUGGAAAAAUUUUUAUUCAAGUACUCUGCCCAUUUUUUAAUCUGAUUAUUUAUUGUUUUGCUGUUGAAUUUUAUGACUUCAUUAUAUAAUUUGGGUACUAAACCCUUAUCAGAUUUAUGAUUUGGAAAUAUUUUCUCCUGUUCAGUAGAUUGCCAUUUCAUUUUGCUCAUUAUUUCAUUUGCUGUACAGAAGUUUUUUAGUUUGAUGUAGUCUAAGUUGUUUAUUUUUGCUUUUGUUGCCUUUGCUUUUACAGUCAGAUCCAAAAAACCAUGGACAAGACUGAUGUCAAGGAAUUUACCACCUACGUUUUCUUCUAGGAGUUUUAUGGUUUGAGGUCUUAUGUUCAGGUGUUUAAUUCAUUUGGAGUUAAUUUUUGUGUAUGGUGUAAAAUAGUGGUACAGUUUCAUUCUUUUGCAUGUAUCUGUCCAAUUUUCCCAACACCAUUUAUUUAAGAGACUUUCCUUUCCCCAUUGUAUAUUCUCAGCUCCCUGUCAUAAAUUAAUUAACCACAUAUGUGUGGGUUUAUUUCUGGGCUGUCUAUUCUGUUCCUUUGAUUUCUGUGUCUUUUUAUGCUAAUGUCAUACUGUUUUGAUUACUUUAGCUUUGUAAUGUAGUCUGAAGUCAGGGAGCAUCGUGAUGCCUCCAGCUUGGUUCUUCUCCCUCAAGGUUACUUUGGCUACUUGGGAUCUUUUGUGAUGCCAUAGGAAUUUUAGGAUGUGGUUUCUAUUUCUGUGAAAAAUGCCAUUGGAAUUUUGAUAGGGAUUGCAUUAAAUCUGUAGGUUGCUUUGGAUAAUAUAGACAUUUUAACAAUAUUAAUUCUUCCAGUUCAUGAGCAUGGAGUACCUAUAUUUGUGUCUUCAAUUUUUUCAUCAAUGGUUAAAUUUAUUCCUCAGUAUUUUAUUCUUUUUGAUGCGACUGUAAAUGGGAUUGUUGUCUUAUUUUCUCUUUCUGAUAGUUUGUUGUUAAUGUACAGAAAUCAGCAGAUUUCUGUAUAUUUAUUUUGUAUACUGCAACUUAAUUCAUUUAUUCUAACCACGUUUUGAUGAAGUCUUUAGAGUUUUCUAUGUAUAAUAUCAUGUAAUUUGCAGAUGGUGAUAGUUCUACUUCUUCCUUUCCAAUUUAGAUUCCUUUUAUUUCUUUUUCUUGCCUAAUUGUUCUGGCUAGGACUUCUAUACCAUGUUGAAUAAAAGUGGCAAGAGUGGGUAUCUUUGUCUCGUUCCUGAUCUUAGAGGAAAAUUUUUAGCUUUCAUUAUUGAGUAUGAUGUUAACUGUGGGCCAGCUUUCUUUCUGAGGUGAUGAAACUGUUCUGACAUUAAAUAGUAGGGAUGUAUGCAAAACUCUGCAACUAUUCUAAAAACCACUGAAUUGUACCCUUUAAAAAGGUGCACUUUAGGGAAUUCCCCAGUGGUCCAGCAGUUAGGACUCCUCGCUCUCACUGCCGAGGGCCCAGGUUCAAUCCCUGGCUGGGGAACUAAGAUCCCACAAGCCAUGUGGCAUAGUCAUAAAUGAAUGAAUGGAUAAAUAAAUAAAUAAAUAAGUCUCCCUUUAAAAGAAAAACUGCAUUUUAUAGUAUGUGAAUUCUGUCUCCUGAAGGCUGUUAUUAAAUAACUGAAAUAAUCGUAGCCACUGCUUUUCCUAAAGUGUACUAGUGCUCAGAUUUCUAUUAGUUCUGUGGAUGUUAUGUGUGUACAUGUGUGUACUGAGCAAAUAUGGUAAGUGAUAUGAUAAUAUCACGUUGUGUAAGCAAUGAAAUGUUAUAUAAUAUUUUUGGCUCCAAAUUCUCAUUUGUUACUUGAACUUCAUGGAUACCUUAGGGACUUAUUUAUGUAAAUAACCACGCUGCUUUUACUAAAGAAUACAUCCUUUUAUCUCUGGAAGUUAAUAUUGCAAGUGAUUGUAUUAUAAAUUGUUACCUUUCUUUUCUAGGAUUUCCUGAGAAGACAACAGUCAAACAGCGUUAUCGUCUACUUGGAAAUAGUCUCAAUGUGCAUGUAGUAGCUCAACUAAUCAAAAUCCUAUGUGAAUAAUUUUUAAGUAACUCUGAAAGAUGGUGGCAGUAUUCCAUUAUAUCCAGAUAAUAACUCUGAAAUUCUUUUUUGAAUUAAUUUUGACAAAAUUCAACUAAAUUAUCUUAUUCUCUCAUUAAUAAGAAUUUGGAUUUAUCAGGAAAAUGCCGUUUUGUUUCCUUAAGUUUAUAUUACUGUGUUUUGUAAGGUGAAAAUUAUUGUUAUUCUUUAGGAGAAUAUCUUUUUAUAUGAAAUUGUUAAAUAUAUAUGUAAAAUAUUCCCUUUAUAAUAUUACGGUAUAGACAAAUUUGGGAACAUUAGAAUUUUAAUGUCUACAUGAAUAUUUUGUAAAGUGUCAUAACAGGUGUACUAUAUGAACUUGAGAAACUGUAUAUUGUGUAUGUUAAUUAAAGAAGUUGCUUUAUGAAUCUA